CUUUUUUCUCUCUUAUAUUUACAAAACCCUACAAAACCUUUAUAGGCUUCACCAAGAUUCAAGCAUCAAUUCAAGCCGCUAUAAAAAUAUCACUUACAUUUGUUAAUUAAGUAUUAGCAUUUGUUUCUUCAUCAUCAUGAUGAAACCAAUUUCUCUCGUACUCGCCCUUCUCCUCUCAUCAUCCUUUGCACCUCUAGCCGCAACCGCAUUCUCCUUAUUCCCGUUUCCGUUCCCGCUUCCACUUCCAUUUUCGCUCCCUUCCAUCUUCGGUGGAAUUAUCGGUAACAGUGAUAAUAGCGAGUUAGCUAGGAUGUGUUUUCCAGACCUAGGAGACGGAGAAGCCUGUGUGGCGGAAAUCUUCGGUUCAUUCUUUAACCGUCAAAUCACGAUAGGACCAGAAUGUUGCAAGGCCAUUGUUGAGAUCGACGAAGACUGUACUCAAGCCAUUUUCAAACCACUCAGCAAUUCUUUCUUUAGUAGUUCUGUUAAGCAGUAUUGCACUUACAUUAAUAAUUGAUCGAAAUUUGUUUUAGGUUUACUUUAGCUGUGCUUGUUCUAUUUAAUUUCUUUUGUUUCUGUUUUAUCAUCAGGAACUUUGUUUUUUUUUCUAAAGUUUAAAGGAAAUUUUGAGUUGGAAUAAUAUUUCACCGAGGAGUUGUUAUAUUUAUUUUAAUUUCAUAAUGAUUUCUUAUCAUCUUUUAAGAUGGUUUACAAUUACUUAUAGACUUGUUUUAAAAGAUUAAACCAAAAUUAUCGUUUACAAUUUCAUUUUUUGUUUUUACACUUUAACCUUGUCCCUGGGCUUUGUUGUUGUGGAUCUUCUAGGUUACUUGUUUACACUGGCUCGCCGCCUUACUAUUUGAAAUCGACAAUUUGUAUUUUUAUUUUCUUUCUUAAAGAUAGUUAAUUUGGGACCGAUAUUUUAAAUUUGUUUAAAAUUUCUUUUGAAAAUAAAUUGAUGGCCAUAGAAUCUGGAUUUUGUUAAACGAUAGUAUCAAAACAUUGACUGUUUUGGAGUUUCUUACGUACUAAUUAACGAUAUAAGCAUCGUACGUAACAACUAUCAAACUAGUGGUGUUUUUUUUUCUUUCCAAGCCAUCAAAUAUUUAAAUACUAUAUGUUUACAGUACAUUUACAUAAAAUAUACUAAGAGAAUAAAGUUGGUUUUGAUUGGUAUGUGUUCCAUCAAUCAAUGAAUAAAAAACAAGCUAAUAAAGGAAGAAAAGUCGAAGAAUAAAAUUCGCCUUUGCUGAAAGUUGACAAAGAAUAUUACUUUUCUUGGAGAGCAAGUGAGAUAAAGAGAAUUCACCAAUACACUACGUGUGCAAAUACAUAUCUUGAAUCUUCCAUGGCUUUCAUCAGUACACCAUUUAAGAUUUCGACUAAAAGACCAAAAUGUAUUCGCUCACAUCACAUCACUGUAAAAUUAUAUUUUCAAUAUCAAGUAUAUUAAAUGUCUAUAUGAAUAGGACACCAAAUCAAUAUAUGAUAUGUUAAGAGGUGAAUAAAAUAUUAAUGUUAUGCACACAGACGUAAUAACAAGAAAAACAACUCAAAAGUUGAAAAUUCUGUUUUCUAUCAAUUUUAAUUUUACAGUAUUUUAACAAAGAAUUUUAAGAAAAAAGCAAAUAGAGAGAGACCUAGUAGCUUCAAGAAUCUCCAAAUCACAAUCCAGAAACAGUUAAAAGAAAAAGACAUUCAUUAAAUAUCUCGAAUUCUGUGUGCGCCAAUAUUCUCCAAAGUCUAAACCAUCAAUCAAACCGGUUAUACAUUCUAUAAAUUAGACUACCGUAAUCAAUUUCCACUUAGAAAUCAUCGAGAGAGAGAGAUAUAGAGAGAGAUGGGAAAGGCACGUACAGUGGGAGUGGGAAUGGACUAUUCUCCGACGAGCAAAUUAGCUCUCCGGUGGGCGGCGGAGAAUCUCCUUGAAGACGGCGACACCGUCAUCUUGAUUCACGUCCAACCGCAAAACGCCGAUCAUACCCGCAAAAUCCUCUUCGAGGACACCGGUUCACCGCUAGUUCCUUUGGAGGAAUUUAGAGAGAUUAAUUUGUCUAAACAGUAUGGACUUGCUUACGAUCCUGAGGUUCUUGAUGUUCUUGAUACUCUCUCUAGGGCUAAAAAGGUGAAGGUUGUGGCAAAGGUGUAUUGGGGAGAUCCAAGAGAGAAACUUUGUGAUGCUGUCGAAAAUCUUAAACUCGAUUCCAUUGUUCUUGGCAGUCGAGGUUUGGGUUCUCUCAAAAGGAUCUUGCUAGGUAGUGUGAGCAAUCAUGUGGUGACAAAUGCAACAUGUCCAGUCACAGUUGUUAAGGCUAAUUAAAGUCUCUCUUGUUCUUUAAUUGGACCCAGUUAAUAACUUUAGUAGUUACGUGUGUCACUCAUGCAUUGUUUUGAUAUUUAUUAUUUUGUUGCCUUUUGCAAAUUUGUGAAA